AUGGGAAAUGGUAAAGAAACCGCUGGGAAGUUAGAUUUGGGCCUCCGUACUUCCCUUGGCGGGGGCCUGUCAAGGAACGAGUUCCCUAUGGAGGCCAGGGUCCCAAUUGCACUGGAGUUUGAAGAGGUAUGAACUUUUAUUCCUGCAGUUUCUGCGAAGAAGUUAAUGAUAUCCCGCUGAUAGAUUGAGCCAUGAUCACGCAAGCCUUUGUUGAUCCUCAGAAUGAGACUAUACUACCGCGUUAUCGUUUCGGCUUUGGAAAUCAAGAAAAUAACUAUUCUUCUAUUUGGAACCGUAAUUAACCGAGAGAGGAUUUCUUUAUCCUUUGAGGCCAUGUGAAAACGGAGCUGGUCUAUUUAGAAGGCGGUGCUAAUUACACGGUUGACUUAGUAAAGUAUUCUUUGUUUGACAGAACGUUUUAAAGGAGUUUACGCCAGGUACCAGAAAACAACAUGUUUUCAUCAUUAAUGAUCAAUGGCCGUAAAUUUUCAAGUUAAGCACCGAUAAACCCAGAGAAACAAAGAACAAAGUUGAUGAUUGCAGCAGUUUACACUCCCGCCGAGUUUGACUCCGGGCGACUGUUUUCUCUUUCAGCAGAAUUACGCAUCCAUGUCUCAUGGUUUUCCAUCAACGCAAGGAGACUUCGCUGGCUUGGGGCAAGAAAGCCAUUCAUCGUCACAUUUACAGUUUUUGGAGGUGCACAUAAAGCCUGAGCCGAGAAUGAACGAGGGCUCGGAAGACUUCGAUGUGGACUACAUGAUGGAGAAGCCGAUUGAAUUUGUGAAUGGAAACGGGACGGUUUGUAUUACCCCGUGAUCUAACAAGUGCUUUCCUUAGAAUUUACCUUACGUUUAAUUAAGUUAUUGGUACUUUGGGCAGACAAGUGGAGGCCGAAGCUGCAGCUUAAGAUUGUAAUUUUGGAAUUUGUGACAGACUGCAAAAUGCAAAAAAUACCAUGGAUAGAUAAGAACUUGUUUACCAAUCCAGCAAAUUAGGAAAAGUUUAGUCCUUAAAGUUAUGUAUUGCGCCGCAUGCUCUUACUUGCUCCUCCACACUGCUGCAUCAUUGCUAAACUGUUAUUUCGAGUUUUCGCAAGUUUCAGGAUCGACCCUUACCUAACUUACAGAUUCGGCUCUAAUAUCUGUUCUAAAGUAUAUACUUUAAGGGCCCUGUGUUGAAGGCGAACGAAUUUAUGAUACUCCAACGCUUCAAUGCAUGUACCGUUUCAUCUAUAUCGCAUGUCAGCAAAUUUUGACAGAUAGUGUUACCAUGCAACUUUCAUUGACAAGUGGAUGAGUAACUUACACCAAUCCCAUUCACGCUUCAUCGAGCAUAUCCAAGAAAUCAAAAAUGCCCGAAAAGGUAUUUAAAACCUUUUACUCCAGUAAUGAGUAAGCUAUGAGUAAAAUCAUUACAAGAAAAAACGAAACAAAAUAGAAGACAAAAAAUUGCAGAGUUCUGGUGUAGAGGUUUCUUUGGAAUCGUGACAUCGCACGAUUUUGCUAACUUACCAGAAAGACUACAAAGCUAGUAGUGAGAGCCUAUGUUUCGGUAAAUGACACUGGAGCGAAAAGCAUGGGUUACAAUAAUCCUAAACAGUUUCAAUUUGUAAAAUAUUGAAAAGCAAAACUAUGAGUACCAUGAGAAAGUCCUUUCGCAGGUGUUUAAUUUGAAUGAUCACUUUAUAGGACUUCGUUUCCAAGACCACACUGAAAUUCACAGACUUCUUCAAAAUUGUCUAUUUUAAAAUUUAGAAUUGCUAGUAAACUGCUUCUGUAAUAAAUAAUGUUUUGGUAUCAGCUUCUUGUUUAAUGUUUGCUCAUAUUUCAAAUGGCAAUGCAAGAUAGUUAUUUUACUCGCAAUGUUUAGAUUUUCUAACCAUUUUAAUCUGAUAUGUACCAAAUUAUCUUUUUUCCUUUUUAAGAUUUUUGUAACGGGGAAAAAGCUAAAUAUUAGUAAGAAUUAAGAAACAUUAUUUCAAUUUUAAGAAUAAAAGCAAGUCCAUGAUCAUAGCUUUAUAACAAAGCUAUAUCUUGAAAAAAAAGAAUAAUAAUAUAAUAAUAAUAAUAACAUUAAGCUAUCUUUUUGCAAUGUACUUAUAAGGGAAAGGAACGCGACCAUUUGAAUCAGCUAAGGCAAAGCUUUUACCACCCGAAUUGCCUUCCCUUUGUGGCCUGUUUUUCAGUUAAUGUUAUUAAAAUAUUCAAGUCUUGCAAAUGUUUUUUCUUUGUUGUUUUUUUUUAAAACAAAUUUUAUGUUUUCUGGAGACAACUAAGCGUUUUUGCCCUCAGGUUCACCAGUUAUCCGAAAAUCUGUUCAUUGCCCUCAGGCUCACCAGUUAUCUGAAAAUCUGUUCAUUGUGGGCCUCUGUUAUCUUCCCAGUUCACUUUCUAAGCAGUGAAUGUUGGCGGAGAGAAAAUAUUCCCCGAAAAUGUACGUUUGCUUUAGUUAGCAUAUUUUGGGUUCUAUAGGAAAAGCACUAUAAUUGUCACUUGAGGAUCUGAUAGACUUCAGAGGUCUUAACAUAUUUCCCGUAAUAGGGAGCACAGUCUCCAGUCAAAGGAAAAAAAGCCCCAGGAUUUUUAGUAGAACAUCAUUGUACAGUCAACAAACAAGUAGAAAAAAGUAGUGCUCUCGCAGUGUUAUAUACUUUAAUGUACUUUAUAUGAUCACAACGAAUCAAUUUGCGAAGUCGAAACUUAGAACCACUUUCAGCCUGCAUAUUAAGGUCACACUUAAAGAUUUGACUUGCCUCUACGGGAUUAAGAAUGGUGAUUCAGCAUUUGAAAAAAGAGUAGAACCAUAUAUGUCAAAAAUUAGAGCUGGGUGUUAUUUGAAGGGACAUUGUUACGGACACCGUUUCUAACAUGAAUUAUUAUGCAAAAUACUCCUUGGAAAAUAUUCAUUAAAAAAACUGAUCCUUUCGAAAUUAUUGUUCUAAUUACGGCUUCUUAAUCCUCCUUUGCUAAAGUCUAUUUGAUCUUUUGAGUAAUCCAGGAAGGUUCCAGUUGCUCUUCACCUUAAACAACUGAGUUCAUUAGAUAAUCUGAGCUGUUUGAAAUCUAAGUUGUGAUCCACGGUUCAAACUGUAAACAAUGUUAAUCAACAACGUAAUUAAAUUGAAAUGGCCAUCACAGAACAAAUUUUCUAAAAGUUUAGUAUUCAGUCUACGUCUAUCUUUGAAAUCACUUCCCGGUUUAAUUCUCUGACUUAGCCCGCUUAUAUGUGUUUCUUCGCAUUCUGGCUUGCUAAAAAGAAUCCGUUCGUUAGAAAAAGUCUUCUAUUCAAUGAAUGAGCUGUCAAACAAUUCAAUUUUGCUCUCCACCCUAAAGAGUAGGAUUAAUUACCUAUGCUUAGCUAUGAAUUUGAUAGACUAUAGUUGAGCUGCCGCAGGAAAUCUAAAGAUAAUUCUUUAAGACUCUUUGCAGUAUUCACGACAGCGAUUUACCUCAUUCACAGCGUUAAUAUAAAUGGAUCAGCCAGUUAAGUCUUGUAUGGUAUGUCCUUUCCUUGUGCUCUUUGCCCAGUUGGUAAUUGCUGUCUCAAAGAUUCAAUACUCAGAUUUGUCGACUUUUUGCUUAUCAUGAAGUUAGCGAAAGAAGGAUAUAAUGUUGGUUGCAAAGCAUUGAGGAAAUUGCUUUUCUCUAAAAGUGUAAAGCAACCCUAUAUUCUGUUUAUCAAAAGGCUUCGUUGAGAAAUAUCUCACGGCACCAAAAAUCACUCGACACAAAAGUUUUUGCUGCUAUAUAUUUCUUUUAUGAAGAAAAAUUGACUUUUUCGUGCUCUUUAACCAGCCAGUGUCAUAGCGUGCUAAACGAUUUAUCAAGUGGGUAAUAUAAAUAGGAGACAUCAAUUAUCCAAAUCUCGUCACCUUAAAAAAAAAAAAAAAACAUAUAUAUAUAUAUAUAUAUAUAUAAUUUUCAUUACUACCGUAAAAGGGAUAAUAUUUCUGAUUUUUUAAAAAUUUAGGCACAAGUCCCCAAUUUUUUUUUUUUAUUCAAUUUUUAAUAAAACCUUUUAUUUAUAUAUAUAUUUAUACUGAAUUUUUAUAAUGUUUUUUUUUAAAAAGACUUUUUUAAGAAAUAUCUACAGGCACCAAAAAACACACAACACAAAAGUUUUUUCUGAUAUAUAUUUUUUUUUUAAAAAAAAAUUGACUUUUUCUUUCUCUUUAACCAGCCAGUGUCAUAGCGUGCUAAACGAUUUAUCAAGGGGGUAAUAAAAAAAGGAGACAUCAAUUAUCCAAAUCUCGUCACCUUAAAAAAAAAAAAAAAAACAUAUAUAUAUAUAUAUAUAUAUAUGACUUGCAUGACCACCGUAAAAGGGAUAAUACUUCGGAUUUGUUCAAAAUUAAGGCACGAGUCCCCGAUUCUCUUCUUUUGAUCGAUUUUGAAGACAACCUUUUAUUUAUAUAUACAUCACUACUGAAUGCUUACAAUGGUUAUCAUCUAACAGAAAAGCUAUUCUUAAUUGUGUUGGACUGGUAGUGUCGACAUGUGAAACUUACGGGUCGAUAUUUUUCAUUUAUCAUUAUUCCUUGAAGGAAUAAUGAUAAAUGAAGAAUAUCUACCUGUAAGUUUCAGAUGUCGACACUACCAGUGGACUGACAACUUCAAGAGUCUUUGCCGUUUUGGUUUAUUUUCUGCAUCCAUUCUGAUGGUUGCUAGGCAUGCAGUGACUGACAUGGACUCAGGAAACGAAAAAUGAAGUUGUCAGUCCAUAUUUUCGAAUAGCAAUAUAUUCUACAUCCUCUCAAGAAGUUUUUCAUGGCAGGUGACAGAAGAACAAGAACGGCGACGGAUACGAAGGGAAAGAAACAAAGUUGCCGCGUCUAAAUGCCGCAAGAAGAGGAAAGAACAUGUCAAAACACUGGUUGAAGUAUAUAUCAAUAGCCAAUAAACAAUUAUUUAUACUUAUAGUCUGCCUCCUUAAAUAAAUUGAAACUAGGUUGAAAAAGAAGCUCAUUCGGAUCAAUCCUUUCACGCGUGUUUCACGUACUAUAAAGCUUUAGCCCUAAAGCACUCGCCAGUCCAGGAGCCAAUACAUGGGUUAUGAUUCAUGUCACUAUCACUACCUACCCCCCUACUCGGCAUUUAUUUAUCUAGCUAUGACUCCCAUUUACUUCGCAUUCACACGCUUAGCCCACCUGCUCACAUUCCUUUCUUUCUGCCUUGACUUAUAUGACUUCAUUUAAACGACAAAGGUUGUCUUUUGUGUAAUCCUACCUUCUUCGUUUUAAUUCGACUUUUUUCGGCCUUUUUAUUCAACCUCUUAUCAUUGUCUUUUGUUAAUAAUGAAAUUAUCAUUUUGAUUUUAGGCUUCUGAGGAGCUUGAAAAUCAAAACAACGACCUUCAGGGACAGAUCAGCAAGCUACAGGCAGAAAUCAAACAACUGGAAUUCAUGCUUGACUCACACAGCUGUUCAAAAUACUCCCAUAGUCAACAGGAAGACGAGGAAUAUGGAUUAAACACAACUUAGUUACGGGGAGCAAAGGAACAACAACAAACCAGUGUUUUCAUAGCAAAGAAUCAGCUGAUUGUCCCCGCACCAGUCCGGUGGUCAGCGGUGUCUUACAUAUGUUGACACGCUUAAUUUUGACGUUUGGUUUCGUCAAGAGAGAUACUGAACGUUUGCAUUCAUUAUAUGGUUUUACUGUUUCUUUGAGCAGUUCGCUGCGGCCUCAGUGAAUAUGCAGUGGUGCUUCCCUAUGGAACAUUGUUCCCUGUUUCAAUUCGGGAAAAGAUGCUCAACACUUGGUUUUGGUUGGACAAUUUAACCCUUAAAAUGAGUAUUUAGACUCUUUG